GAUGAUGAUGCGAAGUUGGAGGCUCCCAUCGACCUGCAGCUGGUGUUGGUGGCCGUGGCGACUCACAACGAAAAAAGGUGUCACAGUAGCCAACUUCCAGAGGCUGUGCGGCUAGGCCGGGUGGAGGCUGUGCGCUUGAUGCUGCAAGCCGGCUUCUUUUUAGAGUUCUGGGGAAGUCGUCGCAUGACGGCAUUAGCUGCAGCUUGCGCAAAUGGCCUUGAUCAGAUGGCCCAGAUGAUGUUGGAUGCCGAAGCAGAUGUGAACUCCCGAAGCACCCAGAACAAGACUGCCUUAAUGUUCGCUUCAGAGCAAGGACAUGUGGAAAUCAUGCGGCUGCUGUUGGCUGCGGAUGCAAAUAAGGACUUGAAGGAUGAUGCAGGAAACACGGCUUUGCAUCGAGCAAGCCAAGCAGGCCACUUUGACGCAGCGGCUUUGCUGUUGAACAGUGGAGCUCAUCCGGAAUUGAAGAACAGUGAAGGUCACACAGCAUUAAGCUUAGCGUGCGAUCACGCUCACGUUGAGAUCGUGCAGCUACUGUUGGGCGCGGGUGCGAGCAAUGGACUGUAUGCUUUCGAAGACGUUGAUGACAGCUCCCCUCGCCUACUGGCCGCAGCUUUGGCGGGCUCCGUGAGGAUGGCAAGCUUGUUGCUGGAUGCCUGGGCAAACCCAAAUGCACAGAAUUGCCAGGGGAAGUCAGCGCUUCUCUUAGCGUGCGAGAAGAACCAUGCGCAGAUUGCUCGCCUGCUCUUGAGGGCAGCUGCUUCUGUGGACAUGAAGGUGCAAUUUGGAUGCCAGACAGCUGUCUUAGCUGCAGCUCACAGGGGCCACAGUGAGAUAGUACAACUUUUGCUGGAGGCUGGCGCUGACAAGAACUCGACAGACGAUGGCUCAAACACCCCUCUUAUCAGUGCAUCUGUAUGCGGCCACGUGGAAACAGUGUCUUUGCUUCUGAACUGCCGUGUUGACAUGGACUCCCACAACUUUGGCCGCCAAACUGCUUUGAUAGGUGCAUCGGACUAUGGGUAUCUGGAGAUUGUCCGCUUGCUUUUGGAUGCAGGUGCCAACAAAGAUUUGAGGGAUAGGUUCGGUAAAACGGCCUUUGAUCGAGCUCAAGGCAAAGACUGGAAGGACAUCAU